UUUUGCGCGGGCUUUUACACGGGCGACCAUUCAAAAUGGCGUCCUUACAUUCGUUUCUGUUGUUUCUGUCAUUCGUUUUGGCCCAUCUGUCGUCCUUCGUUUCUGCGGCUCCUUGGAUUGUCACUGCUUACUAUCAAGAAGACGUCUACACUCGCGAGGGGUACUACACCACCUACACCACCACUCGAAUUGAGCAAAUCACCCCCACUGUCACCUCUUUACCCCCAGCCCAGUCGACCAUCACCUCCGUCGCCAACCAUCUUGACUAUAAUGGCUAUGGUUCCUACUACGAGAACAACGAUGUUACCGUGAUUGAACAGCUGUAUCCGACCGGCGUAGGAUCCGAUUACUACGACUACCUCUACGAGGAUAACGAUGGAGAUGUCACCACCAUGUUCGUUGUCAACCUGACCUAUACCGCGCCCACUGGGUGCUCGUCGCAGUGGACCACGACCACCACCGCCGAAAUUACUCCGCCGGCCAGAGUGCAAAGCCUGUUGCCUUUGACCGCAGUGGAAACCUCAUUCUCUGUCGACGACAGCCGCCCCUUCCAGCCCACCACCUACACAGUCGACGUCGUCUACGUCGACCCCACCCAAGUCCCUAGCAGUUCCUUGGAGUCCCUCAGCCUGUAUAACCGGCCUACCUCCCUCUACACCGGCGACAACUGCUACUACACCGCCAGCUCUGGCGCGCAGUACGGUAGUGGCAGCUACAGCAACGGGUACAGCAGCGGAUACUACAACGACUGGGACGACAACUACAACUGGUUCCUCGACAAUUAUUACAUGGGCAUCUCGCCGCUGGCCCUCACCCUCAUCCUGAGCCUAGGCUGGAUCGGCCUGUUCCUUAUCCUAGGCUUCAUUGAGGCUUGGAUCCGCUUCCGCCGCCUGAUGACGGGCUGGCAGACCCGCCGCGGGCUGCCCGUGUGCUGGUCGCUGACCAUCCUCCCGAUCACUCUGAUCCUGCUGUGCUGGUUCCGCAGAGGCUACCGGGCGCGCUCGCAGGCCGACGGCGAGGUCCUCCAGAAGCGCUGGAAGGCGAUGAGCAUCUGGACCAAGCUGCGGCUCUUCUUCGUCUGGGGCUUCCGCUUCAAGUACCCGCCCAUGCUCGGUCCCGCCCCGGCGCGCGUCAAGACCAGCAAGCAGCCCGAGAGAACCCCUGGCCCUCGUCUUCUGGAGCCCAGUCCUGCGUCCAGUGUGGCGCCGCAGUCUCGUCAGGGCUCUACUGCCCAGCCAGGUGGGGACGUUGCUGCACCCGCGGCUACUGCUGACCCGGAGAUGGCGGAAGCGUCGCACUUGGCUCCGGUCGCAUCUCAGCCCCAGAGUGGCCCUGCGCACACGACGCAUCAGGAUGACGAGAUUAGACACGCUCGCUAGUUUAUGAGAUGGAGUGGGCGCGGUCGCGCUCACCAACGAGUUGCCAUGACUGGGAGCACACCCCCAUCACCGCCACGUGAUCACCCGAUACCCUGAUAAUGGACCCCUCAUUCUUUCGCUUCUAUUAUACCCCAUCUUUCAGGAACCAUUAGAAUAGUUUAAUAUAUUCAUUUCAAG